AUUCCGCAUUACCUUCAAGUAUGCCUUAAUCACUUACAUAUAUGUAUAAAUAAGUAUCCAUUUUCAUUGCUAAUGUCUUUCUCUCCUUUUUCAUUAAAACUAAUGGCAUCACUAAGGAACACUCUCCCACUCUUCUUCUGUCUCCUCGCCGCAACCGGUCCUUGGCUCUGCUCCGCCACCUCCGCCACAGACACUUUCGUCUACGGUGGCUGCUCCCAGCAAAAAUUCUCUCCCGCGUCUCCUUAUGAGUCAAACCUCAACUCGCUUCUCACUUCUCUAGUCAACUCAGCUACAUACUCUUCCUACAACAACUUCACCAUCAUGGGCUCUUCCUCUUCCGACACAGCUCGUGGUCUUUUCCAAUGCCGCGGUGACCUAUCCAUGCCCGACUGCGCCACGUGUGUGGCACGUGCCGUCUCCCAAGUCGGCCCUCUUUGCCCUUACACUUGCGGUGGAGCCCUCCAGUUAGCCGGUUGCUACGUCAAGUACGAUAAUGUCAGCUUUCUUGGUCAAGAAGACAAGACCGUUGUCCUAAAGAAAUGUGGUCCCUCUGAGGGUUACAAUACCGACGGGAUCAGCCGGAGAGACGCUGUUCUCACUGAGCUACUCGGGGGCGGAGGAUAUUUUCGAGCGGGAGGGUCCAGUGAUGUUCAAGGUAUGGGACAGUGUGUUGGAGAUCUAACCGUUUCAGAGUGCCAAGAUUGCCUGGGAACGGCCAUCGGACGGCUUAAAAACGAUUGUGGCACGGCCGUAUUUGGAGACAUGUUCUUGACCAAGUGUUACGCAAGAUAUUCAACUGGCGGUGGAAAAUACGAUGCCAAGUCGCACAAUUAUAAAGCAAACUAUGGUGGAGAAAGGACGUUCGCCAUUAUCAUAGGACUACUAGCUGCAGUUGUUCUUCUUAUUAUCUUCCUUCUUUUCCUAAGAGGCGUUUGCAGUCGCGGAGGUAAAUAAAUGUCAAGAGCGUGGAUCUCAGAAAAGCAAAACUUCAGAUGUGACGUAUAUCGCUUUGAAUUCUGUCGACUUUUUCAUUAUUUCUUUUUAAUUACUUUUCUGCACUAUUUUAAUUGUUUUAUCUCGAUUGUUGUUACAUAAUACUUGUGAUAAUAAAUUAUUUUAAUUAAAAGAUAGCUGAUGAAAGGAGGCUCUAAGAAAUGAAUUUGGGGCUUUAUGCAUAUCCAGAAGGCUGACU